GUCGUCACACAUAUCCCUAAAAGUGGAUCCACAUUUAAUAUUUUCUCCCACUGCCUGGGCUUGCCUUUAGAGACCUUUAGAGUAAACUGCAGUGCACGGUUGACAAUUUUUUAUGAGUCUGUUUAUACCUCACUGUGCAUGUGCCUUGUUAAUUAUUCCUUACUGUGAGAAAAACAGCUGUCUGUGGCUGUUACACCCAGGUAAUUGCCAUGAGUGUGUUUUGCCAACAGGUUUCGUUGAAGCCAUGAAGAUUUAUCAGAUUUAUUGCAUAUAUGCUUUGGGAUUUCCUAGAAAAAAUGAUUUCUGUUAUAUUUUCAUAUUUUACUCUUACAUAAUGUUGUUGUUUGAGAUUUGAAGUUUUGGCUUUGUUUACCCAUCAUGUAUUUGAGAUUGAUCCUUUGUUAUUUUUUAUUACACCUGCUGUCAACUGCCCCUCAACACAAAACUUCACCACGUGCAGUCCACGUGUUGCGAGAAACAUCUGGAGAGAACUUGAUUGCGCAAUGGCUGCUCUGACGUCAAAAGUUUGAAAAGCUUCGCGAUGAUGUAAUGGCGCCACUGUCAGAUCAGACUGGUGGAAACAGAUGCGAGCAGAGAAAAGAUGGCCGCAUUUUACCGCUAUUCCUGUUUAUGGCACGGUUGUGGCAAGCAGUGUACUUCCUUAUUAGAGCUAAUCGACCAUAUCGAAGUGGUACAUAUCGAGAAAGACCCGAGAGUCCUCGAGAAACAAGAGGCAGCACAGCCAGCCGCUCUGCCGCUUUCGUACAUCAACUGUUUCUUCACCGAUGCUGCACGCAAUGCUAAACAGAAGGAGCCAGUUUUGACUGCUACCGAGCCAGCCACGCCAAGCCCUGACCACAGCGUUGUGAAAAAGAAGCGAUCGACCCCUCCUAAGAUAACUAUACAGGCAAUAAAUAACCCAGAUCCGCUGGACGGGGCAGACGAAGAUGGUAAUUUGAGUGAUAAUAGCGAUGAUUCUUGGACUUCUGAUAGUUUCGCUAACGAUCUGGUAUUAAACGCUGUGGCAACAGAUGAUGGAGAGGGAAAAAGAUAUGUUUGUCCAGUUCCUGGAUGCGGAAAGCGUUACAAGAAUGUCAACGGGAUUAAAUACCAUGCGAAAUACGGCCACAGAAAGGACUCGAGUCGACCGAAGAAAGCUCAUAAAUGCCAUUGUGGGAAAAGCUACAAGAGCCCAAGUGGCCUUCGGCACCAUAUAGUAACGCAACAUUCUACAGGCCCGAAGCAUUCAAUGCCCCACGAACUUGAGAACGUAGCGUGAAAAUAAGGAUCAAAGAUGUGUUUUGAAAAUUGUGGGAGCGAAAGUAAUGAAGGAUAUGUUUUCGUGUUUAUGUACAAGUCUUUCCCCACUGGGAACAUGGUUCUCUUCACGACACGGAACUGCUGUUUCGUUCGUUGCUGUCUGGCAUAAGCUGCACUUUAUCCGGUGUUUCAUCGACAUCUUUGAUCUUACCAGAUAGGAUUGUUCAGUCCUAUCUAGUGGUUUCUACAAGGAAGAUAUCUUGGUUCUUGUCAUCGAGUCUUGCCCUUUGGGAAUACGUGGUUGGCAAGGCCGUAAUCAUUUCACGGUUGCUCUCUUGACCUGUGUUAAUGAUGAACUUCCUUUCAUCUUCCACAGUUUGCCGCCGGUGUAAGUCUUUUUUCUUGUCUCAUCGGAUCAGUUAUUAACAUCAGAUUCCGGAUAAUUCUAUACGUCUUCACGAAAUUACUGUGUAAUAUUUGCUCGAGAAGGAAACGUGUACUUUGUAUAAACUUGAGAUCGAAAUGGUUACUUUUAGCUCGCUCUGUCUGCUUCGUGAGGAUUUUACACCAGAUAAAUCGAGAAUUUCUACCUUAAAACAGAGCAAUUUCAGCUUUUAACUGGAAAGGAUAAAGUUUAAUUUAUUUAUGAGAAGGUCUUAAAAUUAUUGUAAUAUAGCAGAGUAUUUAGAAAUAGACACUGUCUAAAAGCGCGUUUUGAAAGGUUUUGAAUCUACGUUGAUUUCCUUUACUUGGCGUGUUGUAUAUAGAACUUUAACUUAUGCCUGUGAAUGUAAAGUGACAAAAGGAUCCUAAUAUAAUUUAAUAUCAGGAAAUAAGUUAUUAAUUAUGGUAGAAUACCAUAUAUUUCUUUUCAAUAUUUUUGGUCCAAACAUCAAAAUAUUGAAGCCAAUCUUUUAUCAAACAAAACAGGGAUAAAUCUCCCGUUUGAAUUGAUCAUUGCAACGUACAUAUUAGACUGUUUUAAGUCUAGUCUGUGAUCAAGAAGAUCAUUAAAGAAACAAAAGUUUCACAA